GGAGAGGGGGGGUAAGGCCUCUCUUAUACCAUGGCUCGUACCAAGCAGACUGCCCACAAGUCCACCGGUGGUAAAGCACCCAGGAAACAACUGGCAACAAAAGCCGCUCGCAAGAGUGCACCCUCCACUGGAGGGGUGAAGAAACCCCAUCGUUACAGGCCUGGUACUGUGGCACUUUGUGAAAUUAGAUGCUACCAGAAGUCCACUGAACUUCUGAUUCGCAAGCUCCCUUUCCAGCAUCUGGUGCGAGAAAUUGCUCAGGACUUCAAAACAGAUCUGCGCUUCCAGAGCGCAGCUAUUGGUGCUUUGCAGGAGGCAAGUGAGGCCUAUCUGGUUGGCCUUUUUGAAGAUACCAAUCUGUGUGCUAUCCAUGCCAAACGUGUAACAAUUAUGCCAAAAGAUAUCCAGCUAGCACGCCGCAUACGUGGAGAACGUGCUUAAGAAUCCA